UAGCUGGCCCAUUUUGAUGACUUGCCUAAUCUUCACAGUUGAUUUGUGAGUGAGGAUGCUGAUUCUCAGGGGUACUGUACCUCGCUUAAUCCUAGUGCGGCUUAACAACGACGGGAGGCAGCAGCCUCUUCUCACAUCAACUCCUCUCGAUAUCAACGGCAUAUCAAGCAAAGAUCCUGCAAAGAUCAAUGAAAGGAGAUAUCGCCUUUUAAUUUUGUUGAUUUUUCGAUAUUCUUCUCACCGUGAAGAUGGCGGAGGGCGCCUCCGGAAUCUCCGCAUUCGAGGAUACCUCUGAAGAUUCGGAUUCCAGCGAAACUUCAGCUCCUUCCACUCAGGUCUCGGAGCAACUAGAACAUCCAGGCCCAGAGGAUGUGGCGCCACCUCCUUGCAACGGCACUCUAGAGGGCGACUUUUCUCUUCUUGAAGUCGGACCAGAGCAGUUGUCAACAUUCUUCUUGUUCCCAAGCUUGCCGAUGGAACUUCGAGCCAAAAUUUGGGAGGCUUCACUGCCAGGACCUCAGCUAGUGGAAACCCGCUUCCUUAACAUGCCAUGUCACUUGCCAACGCCGAAGCUACCAACUCCUCUACUACACGUUACCCAAGAAUCACGGGAGACUGCUUUGAAGAGUUAUAGGCCGUUAUAUCCCCUGUCAUCACCUUUGCCACUCAUCUACAUUGACCCAAGUGUUGACAUACUGUUCAUUAAUGAACACAUACAACGAUUAGAUGAAGUACUCUCCGAAAUGGAUCCUGAUGUCCUUCGCUCUCUCCAUCACAUCGCUUUGGAAUCGAUGAUGAUGUUUGUUUUUUCGACCAUUGUGAGCAGAUUCUUUCCUUGUCUGCUCAGGUUGAGUAGUCUCGAGAGAAUUACUAUCACGUUGCCCCCCACUGAACCUGAGCAAGAGGGCGGAUAUGCUGUCUUAUUCGAUCUUCUAAAAAUACCCAUGGCAGAAUGGCCAGAUUCGGUUCAGCGUCGAGAUGACCAUCUGUUCACUCGAAGAGGCCUUGAGCAUUGCAGAGACAGAGGGACUCUUGAUGAUCCCCGAUGGCUUAGGACUGGGUUCAAGAACAUUACACAAGCUGUCGAAGAGCGCUUCCGCGCCAAUCCAGGUCGAAGGCUUCCACAAGUUGACCUGAAAGGAGUGAGACGCAGGUAAGGAGUGGCGGAAAGACAUGGAUUAUUCUGCAGUGGUCCAGACUGCCAUUGGUAUCCUUGUGAGGGCGGAUACAAUGGGGUCCAGAUGGAUGACAUACUUUUCCACAAACACUUGCCCAGCCAAUCGAGAGUCUUCGAAAGCCGUGCAGGUCCCGGUCGAAGGAUUGGCGAGGUCUCCUCUUGACUCGAAAAACGUUUGGAAAUUCCUGGUUCGUUGUGGACGGCUCGGUUCUGAUGGGC